AUGGACACUAUCCAGGGAAUUCAACCAAUGGAAUGCAUCAGCCUCGGCCCAUUCGAUGACAAGCAAUCGAUGCUGAAGACGUAUUCUCCGUAUCACUCUGUGGACUAUGUCAAAAGGCACUGGAAAAGUUUUGCUUGUUUCCAGGUCCAGCAAGAGGAUACACAUAUCGUCGUAGGAGACAAAUGCAAUUAG